AUGGGUCUUGACCUUGAGGCGGACUGGGACCCCUCUUACAGGAACUUGCCUCUAAAGGUGACAGUCAAUCAGCUAAAGAGAAACCUCUCUCUGCGGGACCUUUCAAAGGCUACUGCAAAUGUUAGCUCCCUCGGGACCGUCCCGAGCCGGCCGUUUGCCGCACUGCUGACAAUGGCCAAGAACCCUCAUUUGCUUACUGAAGUAAGCAAGUUCAGCCUCUUUGUGUGCCUGAACGUUUCUGACAAAGGAACGAAGCUCGUGCGGCUGACAGGCACUAAGUAUGGCUGUGGUGGAGGAGGAUGUGGAGCCUGUACCGUCAUGGUGUCCAGAUACGACCCUCAGACCAAGAACAUCAAUCAUUGGUCUGUCAAUGCCUGUCUGCUUCCUGUGUGCCAACUUCACGGAGCAGCUGUGACCACCGUUGAAGGCAUUGGAAGCACUAAAACCAAAUUACACCCAGUCCAGGAGCGUAUAGCAAAGGCUCAUGGGUCUCAGUGUGGGUUUUGUACUCCUGGGAUGGUGAUGUCCAUGUACACAUUACUUAGAAAUAACCCACAGCCCACCAUGGAGGACGUGACCGAGGGUCUCGCUGGUAAUUUAUGCAGAUGCACGGGGUACCAGCCCAUCGUUGAAGGCUACAGAACCUUCUGUGAGAGUGAAAACUGUUGCCAGUUAAAUGGCUCAGCAUGCAAUAUGGCAAAUGGAAAUGAAAACAGAUCUGUGCAGCCCAUAGAGAAUGUGAGUAUUUUUAUCUUGACUAUUGCAAAUACUUUUUUUAAAACAAAAUUUACUAUGUAUUGUAAACUUGUGGUUUAUUUCAGGGAGGAUGAAGGUAUCUGGAAUGAAGCCUGCAAUCAGCUACAGGAGCACCAGAGGGCUGAGUUUGUCUUCGAGUGGCUGCGUUUCCUCAAGAAACUACUCCCUGCCACAGACCGGGCCGAUGUGAAAAAGAACCAGAAGCGCCUGGUGGAGCAGCUCACGACGGUACUGACGGGUUCUCCGGGCCCCCCGACACGACUGCUGCUGGCACAGUGUCUGGCGCUGGUGUACCGAGUGGGCGACUCCCUCACGUCCAGCCUCACUGUGGACCGCUGCAAUGACAUCAUCCGCAGCAAGGACGACUCGCCCAGCUUCCUGCCUACUCGACUGGCAGCUGUGGCCUGUUUGGGUGUGCUGUAUGAGCAACUGGGCCGACUACUCAUCAACUCGUUUAAAGAGAGCGUGGCAAACCUUCUGAAAGCCACGAAGAGCGCAGAGAGAUUGGCAGAGGUCAAGGACCAAACCACUCAGAGGUUUUGUGGGGAGAGAAUGACCUGGAUCAACCCUGGAUCUCUAGAUGAGCUGCUCCAGCUGAAGGCUGAUUACCCACAAGCCCCUCUUGUCUUGGGCAACACUAACAUAGGUCUAGAUAUGAAGUUCAAGGGUAUCUUUCAUCCUGUAAUAAUAUCACCAACACAAGUACCAGAACUGUUCAAGGUUACACAAAAACCAGAGGGUAUGUGUGUUUUUGCAUAUGAGCAGAUUUUGCUGUUCACGAAGGCAGAUGGACGAAGGAGGGUGUCAAUUGAUAAAGACUUUUUCCUUGGAUUUGCAAAGACAAUUCUAAAACCAGACGAGAUAGUGUUGUCCGUUUUUAUUCCAGCUACAAGACAGAACGAGAUUGUCCAUGCCUUCCGACAUGCCCCGCGUAAGGAGAGCGCACUAGCUACGGUGAAUGCUGGGAUGCGCGUUUGGUUCAACGAGAACUCAAAUGUAGUGAAGGAGAUCAGUAUUUAUUAUGGAGGAGUGGGAGCCACCAUCCUCAGUGCUGAACGCGCAUGCCAACAGAUUGUAGGAAGACCUUGGGAGGAGGCGACGUUAAGUGAUGCGUACAGCACGCUGGUUGAUGAGAUCAAACUUGGGCCGUCGGCACCAGGCGGGAAAGUGGAUUUCCGCAGAUCCCUGACCUUGAGCUUGUUUUUUAAAUUCAACCUGCUCGUCCUCCAGUACCUGAAGGAAAAGAAUGUCUUGGAGGGUCAGUCGGCUCAAGAUCCGGUGGGCCGACCCAUGAUGCACCGGACAGCUCUGAGUCAAGCUACAGGAGAGGCCGAAUACUGUGAUGACCUACCGCAAACUGACGGUGAACUUUUCCUCGUGAUCGUGACAAGCUCCAGGCCACACGCCAAGAUCAUUCAUAUUGACUUUAGUGAAGCUCUAAAGCUGCCCGGUGUGGUGGACGUGAUCACUGCUAAAGACAUACCAGGCAAAAGGUUCAGAACCUUCAUAGGAUAUGAUGAAGAACUGCUGGCUGAAGAUGAGGUGACUUGUGUUGGUCAGAUGGUUUGCGCUGUGGUUGCCGAUUCCAAAGCACACGCUAAACGUGGGGCAGCUGCGGUGAAUAUCAGCUAUGAAGAUCUGCAGUAUCGCAUCUUCACUGUGGAGGAGGCCAUCGAAAAAGAGUCUUUCUUCCUACCUAGGAGAAAGAUUGAGCGAGGAGAUGUGGAAAAGGGUUUGAGAGAGGCUGAACAAGUGUAUGAAGGAGAGAUUCGGAUUGGAGGACAGGAGCAUUUCUACUUGGAAACACAGAGUUUUCUGGUCAUUCCAAUUGGGGAAGAGAAGGAGAUGAAAGUUUAUUUGUCCACUCAGCACCCAGCAUUUACACAAAUAACAACAGCAUUUUUGGAGAAGAUCAGUCUGUCAGCCACAGGAUACUACAGAGGUCACGAUCUAGACAUGGACUGGGAGAAGCAGGAAGGCAAGCCGUACGCUUACUUCACAUAUGCGGUGGGCUGCAGUGAGAUAACAACAGCAUUUUUGGAGAAGAUCAGUCUGUCAGCCACAGGAUACUACAGAGGUCACGAUCUAGACAUGGACUGGGAGAAGCAGGAAGGCAAGCCGUACGCUUACUUCACAUAUGCGGUGGGCUGCAGUGAGGUUGAGCUGGACUGUUUGACUGGAGAGUACAGGACCUUGAGGACUGAUAUUGUUGUUGAUAUCGGCAGAAGUAUAAAUCCGUCCAUUGACAUUGGUCAGAUUGAGGGAGCAUUCAUGCAGGGUCUGGGUCUCUACACCAUGGAGGAGCUCAAGUUUUCUCCGUCUGGUGUUCUGUACACACGUGGACCAGGCCAGUACAAGAUCCCGUCCUUCUGUGAUGUCCCUCUGAAGUUUAACGUCUACCUUUUAGCCGGCUCAUCCAACCCUCACGCCAUCUAUUCAUCAAAGGGAAUCGGAGAGCCGACUGUUUUUCUGGGCAGUUGUGUAUUCUUCGCUAUUAAAGACGCUGUGACUGCAGCUCGAAAAGAUGCAGAUUUAACCGGCCCCUUCCAGCUGAACAGCCCUGCGACCCCAGAGCGGGCAUGUCUGGCCUGUGCCACACACUUCACAAAGAUGGUUGCACAAAGUGGAUCAACUUCUGGACCGGCUCAGCCGUGGGCUCUGAACAUAUGAAAACAUUAUUCUGAUUUAAAGCUAUCGAGUUGCUCUUAUCAAAUCACACAACAUUUAUUAUAUUUAUGUAGACACAAGACCUGAUUUAACAUCAGUUAUUAUCAGCUGUUUGCUGAACGAUAAGUAAUCUACUAAAAAAACAAACAAAAGAAGCUCUGCAUGCAAUCAUGUAUCAAGAACAAUUUAUAGUUAUUCACGCUUAUGAUUAACACAUCUUAAUUUCAUCUCACAUAAAUCAGUUCACUUGACAUUUAGGCUUUGCUUUAACAGCUAUUAUAAUAAAUGUGAAUUAAUCUACAUCCUA